CUUCACCACCACACCAACAACGUCGCCGGAGUGUUUCUCGGCGUUUCCAGUCUCCGGCAAUGGCCUCGAUGACGUCGUUUUCGGGCCUCACCCUUUGUCAUUACGUUCCAAUAUGCAGCCACAGAAAUAACCCUCAAUUUGCUCAGUUUCAACUCUCCUUCAGCUUUUCCGCGAAACCCACUUCCCUGAAAACUUCAAAUUCGCUCUCAUUAAAGAAAAGAGAAGCUUUCUCAAAUGGGUAUCGCUUAACUCGAAGAAACCUCUCACGGUUCUGUGUCCGCUGCACAGCUUCAAGUGGAAAGAUUACGCAGCAGGAAUUCACAGAAAUGGCGUGGCAAGCAAUUGUCUCAUCGCCUGAAGUGGCAAAGGAGAACAAGCACCAGAUUGUGGAGACUGAGCACUUGAUGAAAGCUUUGUUAGAGCAAAAGAAUGGUCUUGCUCGUCGGAUCUUUUCUAAGGUUGGGGUAGAUAAUACUCGGCUUCUAGAGGCUACUGAUAAGCACAUUCAACGACAACCUAAGGUAUGGGAUUUUAUUGGUUUUAAACACAUUCUCUCGCAACGUUGUUUAUGGGCAUACUUGUUCAUCUUAAGAAUUUAGACCCAAAUAGAAAUUGUAUAAGUUUUCAACUUGAUGAUAUAAGUCAAGUUGGAAGGAAAAGCUUGACCACAGAAGCUUGGAAGGGAAGUAAUAGCCACAUAAUUUUGUUCUUCAAAUGACUUAGGUACAAUAUGAAAUUGACAUGAUACCAUCACAAAAAUGACUAUGAUCUGACCUAUCUGCAAUGUUUAUGAAGCCUCAUUGUCAUCUGAAAACAAAUAUUGUGGAGUACAGGAGUAAAAUGCAAAACUAAUUUUGAUCCCAUAUGCAAUUUGAACCAUUACACUUUUCCUUUAUACAAAUUUGUACUGUGUGUUGGUGAAAGCUCUCAUCCAUAUUGACCUAUAACUGCUGAGAUUUUCAAUACUGCUUCUCUGCUAUAAAAGACUUAUUUAUUGUAUUGAUGUUGGUAAUAUGCUGACUUACGGCUGUUGGCUGCAGCUCAGAUUCUUUGUGAUGGUUCUUUUACAUUAGUAGCCUCUGAUAAUAUGACUUGAAUUCCUGAAUUCACUAUUAGAUGUCAAUCUAUGGCUUUGAGCAGAUGCCCUAUGCAAAUGAUAUGGAGCAAACACAUGGGUACUCAUUGUAUAUUUUUAGAUGCCUACAAAUAUAGCGCUUGUAUUUUGUUAGCUGGUUGAUUAAACUACUAAGCAUCUCUGUAGCCCAAGAACCUGAUUGUUGAACUCUUGUCCAAUUAUGUUAGGUUCUUGGGGAAUCAGCUGGUUCAAUGUUGGGGCGUGAUUUGGAGGCAUUGAUUCAGAGAGCCAGGGAUUUCAAGAAAGAAUAUAGGGACUCAUUUGUGUCAGUUGAACACUUGGUUCUUGGUUUUGCCCAAGAUCAACGAUUUGGGAAAAUAUUGUUUAGGGAUUUUCAAAUAUCUCAACAAGCCUUAAAAUCUGCCAUUGAGUCCAUAAGGGGACGCCAGGCAGUCAUUGACCAAGAUCCUGAAGGGAAGUAUGAAGCCUUGGAAAAAUAUGGGAAAGAUUUGACAGCAAUGGCUAAAUCAGGAAAACUUGACCCAGUCAUAGGAAGAGAUGAUGAAAUACGCAGGUGCAUUCAGAUUCUCUCCAGGAGAACAAAGAACAAUCCUGUGCUAAUUGGUGAGCCAGGUGUGGGAAAGACUGCAAUUUCUGAAGGACUUGCUCAGAGAAUUGUUCAAGGAGAUGUUCCUCAAGCUUUGAUGAAUCGAAGGCUUAUAUCCCUUGAUAUGGGUGCACUAAUUGCUGGAGCAAAGUAUCGGGGAGAAUUUGAGGAUAGGCUGAAAGCUGUUCUCAAAGAAGUAACAGAAUCUGAUGGUCAGACUAUCCUUUUCAUUGAUGAAAUCCAUACAGUUGUUGGGGCAGGUGCUACAAAUGGUGCUAUGGAUGCUGGUAAUCUCUUAAAGCCUAUGCUUGGUCGGGGAGAGCUGCGAUGUAUUGGUGCAACAACAUUAGAUGAGUAUCGGAAGUAUAUUGAGAAGGACCCAGCACUUGAGCGUCGAUUCCAGCAAGUUUAUGUUGAUCAACCUUCAGUUGAAGACACCAUUUCAAUACUAAGGGGACUGCGGGAAAGGUAUGAGCUGCAUCAUGGAGUUCGCAUUUCUGACAGUGCACUUGUGGAUGCUGCAAUUCUCUCAGAUCGAUACAUAAGUGGGAGGUUUUUACCUGACAAAGCUAUUGAUCUGGUUGAUGAAGCAGCGGCUAAACUGAAAAUGGAAAUUACUUCUAAACCUACUGCACUUGAUGAGAUUAAUCGAUCAGUCUUGAAAUUAGAGAUGGAGAGACUCUCUCUCAUGAAUGACACUGACAAGGCUUCUAAAGAUAGGUUAAAUCGUCUUGAGACAGAGCUCUCUCUCUUAAAAGAGAAACAGGAUGAACUGACAGAGCAAUGGGAGCAUGAAAAGUCAGUAAUGACUCGUCUUCAGUCUAUUAAAGAGGAGAUAGACAGGGUAAAUCUUGAGAUUCAACAGGCUGAGCGGGAGUAUGAUCUUAAUCGCGCUGCUGAAUUGAAGUAUGGCAGUCUAAACUCCUUACAAAGACAACUUGAAAGUGCAGAGAAGGAGUUACAUGAAUACAUGAACUCUGGUAAGUCUAUGUUGAGAGAGGAAGUUACUGGUAAUGAUAUUGCUGAAAUCGUAAGCAAGUGGACUGGUAUCCCCAUAUCAAAACUUCAACAAUCUGAGAGAGAGAAGUUGUUGUAUUUAGAGGAAGAACUCCAUAAACGUGUUGUAGGUCAAGAUCCUGCUGUUAAGGCUGUAGCUGAGGCUAUCCAACGUUCAAGAGCAGGUCUUUCAGAUCCCCAUCGACCAAUUGCUAGCUUCAUGUUUAUGGGACCCACAGGUGUAGGAAAGACAGAGCUAGCCAAGGCCCUUGCUUCAUAUUUGUUCAAUACAGAAGAAGCACUUGUACGGAUUGAUAUGAGCGAGUACAUGGAAAAGCAUACAGUUUCAAGGUUGAUUGGUGCUCCACCUGGAUAUGUUGGGUAUGAAGAGGGAGGGCAACUAACAGAGACGGUUCGCCGCAGACCAUAUGCUGUUAUUUUGUUUGAUGAGAUUGAGAAGGCACACUCAGAUGUUUUCAAUGUAUUCCUUCAAAUUUUGGAUGAUGGAAGAGUAACUGAUUCACAGGGGCGGACCGUAAGUUUUACCAACACUGUUAUCAUCAUGACCUCAAAUGUCGGAUCACAGUAUAUUCUCAACACAGAUGAUGACACUGUGCCCAAGGAGCUAGCAUAUGAAACCAUAAAGCAGCGAGUAAUGGAUGCUGCAAGAUCCAUCUUUCGCCCUGAGUUCAUGAAUAGAGUUGACGAGUAUAUUGUUUUCCGGCCUCUAGACCGUGACCAAAUAAGUAGCAUUGUCCGGUUACAGUUGGAGCGCGUGCAGAUGAGAAUUGCGGAUCGCAAGAUGAAAAUCAAAGUAACAGAAGCUGCUAUCCAACUACUUGGAAGUUUGGGGUAUGAUCCAAAUUAUGGUGCUAGGCCAGUCAAGCGAGUGAUUCAGCAAAAUGUUGAAAAUGAACUUGCAAAGGGAAUUCUUAGAGGAGAGUUUAAGGAUGAGGAUACAAUUUUAGUAGACACAGAAGUGACAGCAUUUGCCAAUGGUCAACUUCCCCAGCAAAAGCUAGUUUUUAGGAGGGUUAAAGCUGAUUCAGAAUCCACUGUUAAAGACACCCGAGAAGGCUUUCCACAGAUUCUGUGAAUGCAUGUCACUGCUCUUCUAUUUCUCCAUAUGAUAUGUUUCAUACAAAUUUUGAGUAUAGGCCAUUUUAUUAUACUAAUGGAACUUUGAUUCUGUUAAUAAUUUGAUAUAAUUUGUAGUUCUUCAUAUCAUAAUUUUUUUUGGUCAAUACAAAUUUCAUACUUAAGAAGUGUUUGUUUUUAUGAAAUAUUUUGUAGUGUAAAGGAGGAGCAGUGGUUCAGUUUUCCAAUUAAUAAAUCUGGUUUUUAGGUG